AUGACCAAAUCAGGACUCUUCAUUGGCGCAACUCUCUCAGCUCGACCAUUUUCUCCGUCAUUGGGCCCCUCCGAAAAUAGGACCUUUGCGGCGGUCAACCCGCUCUGCCCGCCAAAUUCUUUCCAAGUUUUCCUGGAGGGACCCUUGCUGGAUGCUCAACCCGCCCCCACUAAUUGCUCUCUUCGUCAGCCCACACUCCACGACGCCAAGGUCGUUCUUGGUCUUUUGGUUAUGUCAUGCGGCGGCAGGGGUCUCUUAUCGGUUGCGUCCCCUCUACCCGUGCCGCACCAACAAUGUCUUGUCUGCGUGACUCUCCAUCGAAGAAAACCAUCCCACUUGACCCCAUUCCUAAGCCCACCUGACCGAGGAACGGCACAAGAGAGAAGAGCUUCCCCCAAAACCUAUCUGUCGCUGCGGCUCUUCUUACCCGUCCUUUUCACCUUUCUUUCACGUUUGUUAUCGUGA